UUGGAUAGAGACGCGAAGACCUUCCGACACAUUUUGGCAUAUCUUCGUUUGAAAAAGGAGAAGUUUGUGCCUUCACUUGCUUUGCCAAGUAAACCGGACGAUCUAGCAAAAUUGGUUGGUGAAUGUGAAGCUUUGAAUCUGGCCGAACUGAAGGAUCUUGCCUUGGACUUGCUUCAGAAAUAUCAACGUACCGAAGAGCAGCAUUAUGUUACUUCAUUCGUACAAGUCACACUGCGUGAUUUCGAGAGUUGGCAGUUCGAGAGGGAGCAGGUAAACGAAUAAUC